CCAAUUCCGUACAUAAUUUUUUUUACAGAUAAGGGCGAUACAUGUUUAGGUUUAGAUACUAGUUAAAAGAUUAAAACCUGAGGCCUCAAAAUUGAUUUUUCCAAAUGAUAGAAGGCUAUUUUUCCGACCUAGAUAGGCCUAUCUAUUUGACAUGUGAGCCUCUUCUUCUUCUUUUCUUUUGUAUCAUAUUAAAGUAAGUAAACUCAUCACAUUACAGAUCUAGCUCAUAAGCCAUAACAUUGCAUCUGGCUCGAUCUCCUUGGACUAAGGUAAAGGGCUGUCACUGUCAGGACAGAUACAAAUAUUUUAUGGACCAAACUAAUAGUCUGUUGUAAUUAUAACGACAGCUGAAACAUGCAUGGAUCUAUCAACUGGACACUCGCCUUUAAUCACGACAGCAACCCAGCUGGAAAUGAACACAGAGGCGAAGAACAGCCCCACAGCCAGCUUCCAUAACUUGCUGAUCUUUUUGCAGCUGCAACAACGAAGUGACGCCGCGCACACCAAGCAAUUCUUACCCAGAAGAAGAAGAAGAAGAAGAAGAAGAAGAAGAAGAAGAAGAAGAAGAAGAAGAAGAAUGUCCCAGCAAUCAUAUGAAAGCUCAGAAGUUAAUUAAAGAUUAGCCAUUAUUAGGGUUUCCUUCAGUCUUCACGCUGUCAUAACGAUCCCGGAUCCAUGCAUCUUUCAGGUCCAAGACCAAGACUUCGUUUUAUUUUGUGGACAUAGUAGAAUUUGUAAUUAAGAGGCACUGGAGUUUUUCUGGGUUUCCCCCUAUUUAUAAAUCAUUAAAAAAUCAUACACGAAAUUUUGUUUGACAUGUUUUAUCAUUUUAUGAUUACCAGUGGCGGAAGAGAAAUUUGAGUGAGGGGCUAAAAGAUAUACAUUUGGGUGGUUUGAUUGAACCAUGGUCAUUGGUGAGGGGAGUUUGUGGCUUACCAACUAGUCUAUUUUUAGAAUUCGUUAUAUAUUUUUCAUGUAAAUUUACUUAUUUACGAAAAUUGACAGGGGCUAUAGCCCACAUUGGGCUCAACGUGGAUCCGCCACUAAUGAUUACAUUAGGAAAGUUUUUGGAUUUAAACUGAGAACAUUUGUGGAUUGACAUGAAAAGCAAAUUUGUUGAUAAAUUCUAAUCAUCCUCCUCCUCCUAUCAUAUAAGGAGGUUCUGCUUCGGAACCCAUCUCAUUCUCUUUUUCCAGCCUUCUGCGCAUAAUAAGGAUGAGCUUCUUUGUCUUUUCCUUUGUUUUUUUUUUUAUAUUCAGGACAUACAAGUCUUCGUUGGGGAUUUUAUGAGUUUAUAUAUGUAUGUAUGUGUGGAUUUUAAUUCAAAAUAAACUCGCCAACGGCAAAUAGCUACAAACUAAAUGGAAUUUAUAUAGGUGGGCAGAGUAAUCCAAAAUUCUGUGUGGUUACUUCGGGCUUGAAAUAAAUUCAGAGUAGGAUAAGGCUUAUAAUUAAUCUAUAUCGGAACACUAAUAUUCAGAGGUUCUCCACUACAUGUUUAAUUCUAAAUUUCCAACCUUUUGAGCGAUUUUGGAAAGGACAAUUUUUCCUUUUUAUAUAUAAAAAACCAACUUUGAGGGUAAAGUUUAUUCUCUUAAAUAAGAGCCACCUUGAUGCUACCCAAUCUUGAUAUUCUUGAACUAAUUGGAUUUCACACUAGAUAACACGUCAAUAACAAUCUUUCUUAUUAUGUUGAAAUGUUAAAAUGCAUCUUAAAUUAUUUUAUUCUGAUUAUUUUUAUGAUGAAAAAAACAAGAGAUCAAUCUCUUAUGGUUGCUUGAGAAAGGAUUUUUUUUAUACCCAAUAACCUCAUCCCCGCGUACCACAUUGUGACAGUGGGUACUACUAAAUUUGGGGGCCACCUGCAUUUAAUUUGACGCCAACGGGGCUUCGCCCCAGCAGCCUUGUACCUCCGGGAACACCAACAGGCCUCGCUUGGAUUCGAACCUGGGAUCUGCAACUCCCAAGCCUUCACUGUUGCGGCAGCUUUACCGUUAGGCUAUCUUACCUUUGGUCUUGAGAAAAGGAUUAUUCAAUAAAGAGCACAAAUGCAAUUUUUUUGCAAUUGCAUUGAUGUGGUUGCUCUUAAAAAUCAUGAAAGAACAAUACCUCCUCUCCCUCAUAUCAUAUUAAAUGAAGGAAUAAAAUAUUUACAAAAAAUGGAAUGAAGUUGAAGUUUUAUAUAAAGUUUAGUGAGUACAACAUCACAAAUUCCAUAACCCAAUUAACAUUUUCGAACAUAAUCAAUGAUAUCCAACAACAUUUGUGACUGGAAUGAGGUGAAUUCCUUUGUCAUGAAAAUGAUAUUUCAUAUGUGGUUACGUUUUGUCUUUUAAUUUGCUUCUCAAAACAUGUACAAAAAGAAACGCAUGUUGACGAUGAACAUAGUAGAUCGAGUUGAUGAUGGAGAUUCUUGACGGUAAAUAAGUGAUACCAGUCAUCUUGGAAUACGUUUAAUAUUGUCAUUAAAUUUAUCAUGAGUUUAUAUUCCCUUGCACGAGUCUUAUCGUUUUAAUUCCAAUCGGAACCUACGAAGACACUAAUUACAAUGUAUUAAUAUGUGUGAUGGAUGCUCUUUUUUUUUGUGCAAUUGAAUAUUUGACUUUCCGAAUAGUAAAAACUAAGAAACUACCUUAAAACCUUGGUCGAUUACUGUUGUUGCAUUGCAACCGCCCAACGGCCCGGGUUACAAUUUAGUUACAUUAGGAAAUAAUGUUAUGCCAAGAAUUCAAUUUAGCUACAUGAGUAAUCCAAAGAAUUCCGAUUAAGGAUCAAAUGUAUAAUUCUUUGUUACAAUAUAACUUUGUAUUAUUACAUCUAAACUUAUUACCUUUUAGUGAGUAUGACUGAGAUUAAAUAUUCUUUCCUAGUGUUUAACUCAGAAUUUUAAAUUGUUUAAUUUCACACACGUGACAUUAAUAACCAAUUAAUCAACCAAUGACUUGAAAUAGACAAAAUAACUAAUAUACUAAUUUUGAAACACAUCCAUUUCUCGUCCAUCCACAUUAUAGUAAACAAAACUCAACCAAGCCUCACCUACAACACCUCUCCUCCAUCCAAAUUAACUCACCACCACCCAUAAUUUUAGCUCCCAAAAAUAUCAAUUCUCUAAAUCAAGACAAUCCCAAAUCCCACUAUAAGAACCUCCCCAUCCCCUCCCACCAUUUCACCAGCCAUAGUGCACAAUAAUAAUAAAAAAAUAAAAAUAUAUUAAAUAAAAAAAAUAAAGAAGUCAUCCUUCUAUACCUCUCUCAAUUUUUUUUUUCCUUUUAUUCCUAAUCACCGGCAAGUUAUUCACUAGCUCGCCGGACAGACGGAUCUAAAAUAACAAAAAAUAUAUGAACUCAAUAUAAAAAAAAGGAAGAAGAAAAAAAAAAAAAAAAGAAGAAAAAAGAAACAAUUACAGUAUGGCAGCCAAAGUAAUAAUCCCAGUGGUGGGGCUCCUCCUUGUGGUGGGCAUCGUCAUCGGCGUCGUCUCCUCCGUCAACCGCGGCCCCAAAGACCCGGCCACCGGCGACGAGAACCUCACCCCUCACAUGAAGGCCGUCGACCAGAUUUGCCAGCCCACCAACUACAAAGAGGAGUGCGUGAAGAGCCUGAGCGGCGCCAACUCCACCGACCCAAAAGACCUCAUCAAGGCCGGCAUCCUCGCCAUCGCCGAGUCCCUCAAGAAGUCGUUCAACCUCAGCGACGACCUCGUCGCCAAGGCCGAGAAGGACAAGGACACCGCCCGCACCAAAACCGCCCUCUCCGACUGCAAGGAGCUCCUCCAGGACGCCUCCGACAAGCUCCAGGACAUCAUGGAGAAAGUCGGCGCCUCCGACCUCAGCACCAUCGCCAACCGCUCCGACGACUUCAGAAUCUGGAUCAGCUACGUCAUCAGUUACCAGGAAAUGUGCGUGGACGGGUUCGACCAGGACAGCACCGUCAGGACUGACGUCAGGGACAGUACGGAGGUGGGGAGCCAGUUGACCGACAAUGUGUUGACUAUCUUGGGCGGGAUUCAGCAGGUCCUCGGCUCGUUCGGAUUGAAGCUCAACCUGACCAGCUUGGCAUCCGGCGGCGGCGGCGGCGGGGAUCAAGAAGAGCAUCAUCGGAGGUUGUUGUCGCAGGACAACGGGUUCCCGUCGUGGAUGUCGGCGGCGGACAGGAAGCUGUUGCAAUCCACCCCUAAGAUGACGCCAAACGCGGUGGUGGCAAAGGACGGGAGCGGGCAGUACAAGACCAUCUCCGCCGCGCUGGCGGCUUACCCCAAGAACUUUCAGGGAAGGUAUGUGAUCUAUGUGAAGGCCGGAGUGUACGCCGAGCAAGCCACCGUCGGGAAAGGAAUGAAGAACGUGUACAUGUACGGCGACGGAGCUAGGAAGAGCAUUGUCACCGGUCAUUUGAGCUAUGCCAAGGAUGGCCUCGGCACCUGGAAGACCGCUUCCUUCAUCGUGGAAGCCGACGGGUUCAUCGCUCGGUCAAUGGGAUUCCAAAACACGGCCGGACCGGAAGGACACCAGGCCGUGGCGGUCCGCUCACUAUCCGACCAGUCCGCCUUCAUCAACUGCAGGCUGGACGGCUUCCAAGACACGCUGUGCUACCAAGGCGGCCGCCAGCUGUUCCGCAACUGCGUCUUAUCCGGAACCAUCGACUUCCUCUUCGGAUACGGCGCCGUCGUGGUGCAGAACUCGCUCAUCAUCGUCCGCCGCCCCAUGGCCAACCAGUUCAACACCGUCACCGCCGACGGGAAAAAGGAGAGAGGCCAGCCCACGGGGAUCGUGAUCCAGAACUGCCGGAUCGUCCCGGAGGCCAAACUGGUCCCCGACAGGUUCACGCUGAAGACGUACCUCGGCCGGCCGUGGAAGGACUUCGCCACCACGGUGGUGAUGGAGUCGGAGCUCGGCGACCUGAUCCAGCCCGACGGGUGGAAGCCGUGGGACGGGACCAUCUUCCUGGACACGUGUUUCUACGGGGAGUACGCGAACCGGGGCCCGGGUGCCAACACGGCGAGGAGGGUGACGUGGAAGGGCGUGCACAGCGUGCUGUCGAGAGCUGAGGCGAUGAGGUGGACCGUUGACUCGUUCCUCAAAGGGAGGGAAUGGGUUGCUAAUACGGGCGCUAAUGUUAUUUAUGGGCUUAAGGGUUAAAAAAGUUUGGGGAUCGCUUGUUGAUUUUUUAAGUUAAUUGGAAUGAUGAUUUGAUGACACAAAUUAUCCUACCCCCAUGCUAUGAACAAGAGGGUUCAUGAGUGAAAUUGGGGGGAAAAGAAAUGGAAAAAUGAACUAAUUUGAUAUUAAUUUAUAGUAAUUUUCAAUGUAAUUAGCCUCUCGGCUCUUUUUUGUUUUUUACAAUAAUGUUUUUUUUUUAUUAAUGAAAUAUGUAUCCAUUUUGGUAUCGCUAAUUAAUUAGUGUUUUCAGUUUUCACCCACAUUUUAGUUUUCUAAGUUCAUAAUGUAAUCAAAGAAAAUUAACUAAGAUUUGAACAAACAUUUAACUUAGUGAUAAUACUAUAUUCUUGAAUCUAAAAUCUCAUCGGGUUCAAAUCUCUCCAGUGUCGCACUUAUAAAAAAAAAGUAUAAUG